CACCCGCUUCUCACGAUAGAGUUCGAGUUUGAUGCCUGGGCCAUGUACCAAUGAGUUAUUUGGAACUUAUGUACAAUGUAUACCUUUGUUAAAUAAAAUUUACAGAGGGUGUAAGUACUAAAAAUAUUAGAUACUAAAUAAAAAAUGAGUUCACACGUGUAAAAUGGAAAAUACCUAGGUAUGGAAACAUGCUCGUUAGCAAUUAUUAUUAAAAGCCGUCCCUCCCGUGCGGCAAAAACCACAAUUGAAUUAAGUUCAAUUUCGCGCGACAUUUUUUUUGCAUACGUUUUAGUUUUUGAUUGUAUAAAAUAGUGGGUGGCGGCCGUCAUCGUUCAUUAUUUUCGUGACUCCAAGAAUCUUCAGUUGAGCUUUGUGGUACCGAUACCCCUGCUCCGCCGCUGCCUUCCGUCAUCGCCGCCGCUCGCCGCCCCGCCCGCCCUGUCGCCGCCCGCCUGCCCUGCCGCCGCCCCCCCUGCCCUGCUGUUGCCCUCGCUGCCCCGCCUGCCGCUGUCGACCACCGUCGUCUGCUCUGCCGCUGAAGUCUGAUUGAAUACCGACUUCUCUCAUAAAAAUAAUGUCUGACUCCGAGUGCGAAUCCGUUGUCGGCGCGCACGUCGAGGCUGCAGUUGCUGCUGCAAAGAAGAAACAGACGAGCAAAAGGAAGUCCAGCGCCGCAUCGACCAGUUCAAGCAGCGCACCAAGAGCGCAGAAGAAGAAACUGCACACGAUUGAUAUUUUCGGGUUGUGCAACGACGAGGACGAAGUGUUGGCGCAGAACAAGACGCUGCCAUCCUUCGUCGUAAACCGCGUGGCCAACGGGAACCAGCGACGUGUAGCAAACACGUCGGGCGACUUUUACGUGGAGGUGAAAGUUUACGCGCGGCGUGACGCUGAGGACGCGCCGAAGGACACCCGCUGGACCAAGGCCUUGCUGCGGCUCAACACCUACGUGGAAGACGGGUCGCCGCAGUGGAAGUUGCUGCAUCGAUUUGUGAAGGAGGCGAGCAACCUCUUCAGCGACAGCACGCCGUCGUUUUAUAACCCGGAUACAAUUAAAUUUAAAGAAGCAUAACCUUUUUAAUAAUCUACAUCUAAUAAAAUAUAUUUUUUCCUAGUUAUUCCCGUUAUUAUUAUUGUUUUGUUUAAUAUAGCUGAAUUAUUAAAUUGGUAAAGGUAAAAGUAAAAUUAGAGUAGGAGUAGGUAAAGGUAUAAGGUAUAACUAUAAAGGUAAGGCAAGGUAAGGUAAGGUAAGGUAAGGUCUAAUGGUCUUAUUUUAGUUCGAUUUUUUAAGUAGA